AUGGCUGACGCGAAUCGUGCUAACAAGGGCUCACCAGAACUACGUUGGGGGAGCGGCACUUAUCGAAGCUGGACCCACAAGUUUGGCACCCUGUUUGCGAUGACAGCCGGGAGUGCCAAUGCAACCCAGUUUCCCAUGAUGGUCAUCGCUUACGGUGGAGUGCCUUUCCUGCUGGCCUGCUUUGCUUUCCUAUUAUUCGUGGCGUUUCCUGUCAUGCGCCUCGAGAGCAACCUGGCCCAGUUUGUCGGAGACGGGAACAGGGGCAUCUUCAGCACAGUUCCGCUGUUCUUCGGCAUUGGCUACGCACUCACUGCGUACGUCUUGUCCCACGUGGUCGCCGACACAAUGGCCCUGGCGGACGCCCUGGCGUUACUGAUGUCCCUGACGAAGUCAUUCGACUGGCAUCACGACUGUCCCGGAGGGUGGAUGACGCGAAACUUCUCUUGCUACGCCAUUCGGCCUGGUUCGGCCCCAUGUAAGCUGGCAAGAGAUGAUCUUACUGAUACCUUUCGCCAUGACACAACGAGUGAGGGCAUUCCAGUGUCAAGCGGAAACAAAGUAAUUCUGAUUCCUUCGGAGCAGUACAAGGAUGAAGCAACAGGUUGCAUACCGGACUUGCCAGACACAGCAGCACCAUAUCACUUCCGCCGACAGACAAUCUGGGAGCCAGGUGCAAUCGACUCCUUUUGGGCAGAGCCAGUCUUUGCUAUCGCUGUCAUCUGGCUGCUGGUGUUCGCGAUCACGCACAAAGGAUUUCUGAAGCUCAAGGCGUUCUUCUACGCCAUUGUUCUCCUGCACAUUGUGACCACCUUAAUGCUCUUGGCGCGAGCGUCAACACUAAACGGCGCUUCGUGGGGCCUUCGACUGUUCUUUCAUGCCAACUGGUCGUCACUUACCAGCUUGGAGAUGUGGUCGAACGCCUUGUACGUGUCACUGGAGAGUGUCGGAGUCACUGGGACUAUGUAUCUAGGCAUCGAGCGAUUUAACUGUUUCAAGAACACGUUUCAAGAGGACGUGAUAUUUGUACUUGUUGCGGACACGGCAAGCAAGGGCAUCGGCACGUUCACUUCCUUCCUCUUCUUGGGACACCUGUCGUACGCUACAGGCAUCAACAUCCACAUGCUGGUGCACAAAGGGUGGAGCUAA